AUGGUCUUCCAAUUCAUCAAGACGGUCGGCACCCUCUCGUCCCUGGUCGCCCUCGCCCAGGCCGGUCCUUCCUAUUCGGCACCUUACUUCCUCCCUUGUCAGUACCCAGCUGCCAUCCCGUAUUGAAGAGUGCCCCCCCGUGCUGCCCCCCCGUGCUCAUCACGCGCGCUUCUCCGCUCGCAGCGAUCGACUCGAACGCCAACUUGACCACCGUCUUCUCUGCAACCGGCGCGCCGGGCAUCUUCAACUCUUCCACGACCCCUGACAACAUCUAUGGCACCUACAACUGUAGAUCGAGCUCCGGGAACUUGACUUUAUGACCUCAGAACACUGACCUUCCCAACUCGCUCCAUGUGCAGGGUGCAACAUGCCUCGUCAGUACUCGACCUCGUCGCGUCACCGUGGAGCUGCGAAGCUGACCCGGCACCCCCCCUUACUCUCCUGUAGACGCUCGCAAGACCGAGUACGUGAAGCCUGGAAACGGUUGGAGCUUGCAAUACGUCGAAGUCGUCCAGAGGCACCACAAGCGUACCCCUUGUAAGUGUCUUGUCCUCAGCCGAGCCUCCGUGGCCCCCACAUGCGGGCACCCCACUUACACUCUCCGCCUACGCCCCUUCGCAGACUCGUCCAACCUUUGGCCCGUCGAGAACGGAAACUGGACCUGCCCCGGCAACCACCUCGCCAUGGGUCUCGCCCCAACUUCCGCUGCUCAGCCCAACGCUCCCGUUUCGUGGAACGUCUACCAAGACUCCAACAACCCCUUCACCACCCCGACCGGCGCCACCUCGGGCUUCGUCGGCAGCGACUGCCAGUUUCCUCAGAUCACCGACCAAGGUUUGACCGACUCGUUCACCCACGGCUCCGAUCUCGCUGGUGUCUACCGCGACAUGCUCGGGUUCUUGCCCAAGCAGCUUGAUCCGACCAAGCACACCUUCAGGGUCAGUCUCUAGCAGAUUCGUUCGACGAUCCGCGAUCGGCCAUGCGGUCUUCGAGCGCAGCAGUAUGCCGACUGCAUCGCCUUCGCCUUCCCUUCUUAUCUGCAGGUCACGAACAACGUCAUCACUUCUGAGGUCCUCGGUGGCUUGGUCAUGGGUCUCUUCCCCACCACCCCCGCCUCGGGCAUCGCCGCCGCGGUCCAGAACUCGGCCUCCGAUUCGCUCGAGCCGACCAUCUCGUGCCCUUACGCCAACACGAUUCUCGCAACUUAUCUCUCAUCGUCCAACUCGACCUGGACCAACCAUCUUCAAAAAGCGAGCAGCUUGUACUCGAGGUUGGACGCCGUCUCUGGCGUAGACCCCAACAACGGCGGAUGGCACCAAAGCUUCGACCACUACUACGACAACUUGUCGGCCAAGCUUUGCCACGGCAAGCCUAUGGGCUGCAAGGUCGGCGACCCUUCGACCUGCGUCAACUCUGCUGAUGUGAGUUCUUCUUCUGUUGCUCGAUGACCCAUCUCGAGGCUGAUACUUCCUUGGGCUUCUUGCGAUCUCCCAGGCCGAGACCGUCUUCCGCAUCGGUCAAUACGAAUACUUCUACAAGUUCCGCUCCGCGCCUCAGUCUGCGACCUACUCAACGCUCCUCAUCGCCGCCUUCUUGCAAGAGCUUCGCAGCCAUCUCCAGGCCGGUGUCCAAGGUGGCUACCGCCACAACGUCGCGCACGACGGCUCCAUGUCGUUGUUGUUGGGCGCGUUUCAGGUCGACAAGAUGGUUUGGCCCGGCAUGGGAAGUGGUGAGUGAUUGCCAUCUCGAUGAUCUCGAUUAUCACACUUUGGUUUGCACCUUCGUUCACUCGCUGAUAAUGCAUUCGUCCGCACAUCUUCCUUCUUCAGAACUCAUCUUCGAGCUCUAUAACAACAAGUACGAUCGCCAGGCGAUCCGUAUCCUUUGGGGUGGCAAGCCCCUUGUCACGAGCGGUCCAUUGGGCACGAUCGACAUGGUCGACGUGCGCAGGUUCUACCAGGUUCGUCGGACUUGCUCAUUCGCCACUGAUGACUAAAUUGCUCUUGUGUACUGACCUUCGUUCCAUGCUAUUCUUGUCAACAGUAUCUCAGCGACCAGUUGCCCACCAACUUGGUCACCGCUUGCGCCAACUAG